AUGAGGCUGGUGACAGAAGUAACUGUGUUUCUGACCUUGGGGACUAUAAUUGCCGCUAAGACCACCCAGCCGAACUCCAUGGAUUGUGCUGAAGGAGGAGCUGUCAACAUGCCUUGUAACCAUUCUACCAUCAGUGGAAAUGAGUAUAUACAUUGGUACCGGCAAAAUCCCAGUCAGAGUCCUCAGUAUAUAAUUAACGGUUUAAAAAACAAUGUGACCAAUGACAUGGCCUCUUUGACCAUCACAGCAGACAGAAAGUCCAGUACCUUGACCCUGCCCCAUGUCACCCUGAGAGACGCUGGCAUGUACUACUGCAUCCUGAGAGUCGCACAGCAGGACAGAUGGGGCUGCACCUGUGCAGUAUCUUCUGCUGCCAAGCUGGGGCAGGGCAUUGAUGUUGCAGGAAGAACAGGAGCCCAGUCAGUGGCCCAGCCGGACGUCCACGUCACUGUCUCUGAAGGAGACCCUCUGAAGCUGAGGUGCACCUAUUCCGGAGGAGUAGUUACCUCUUAUCUCUUCUGGUACAUCCGAUACCCUGGCCAAAGCCUCCAGUUUCUCCUCAAGUACACAUCAGGGGACACCUUGGUUAAAGGCAUGAAAGGUUUCGAGGCUGAACUGAGGAAGAAUGAAAGCUCCUUCCACCUGAAGAAACACUCAGCCCGUUUAAGCGACUCUGCCCAGUAUUUCUGUGCUGUGAGUGACACAGUGCCUGGAGCUGCAGGGGGAGCUGAACACAAACCUCCUGAGACACUGGGUUUUUCAGAGACUCGGCACAGCCUGCCCUGUUUGUAG